CUCAGUCCAGCUUGUGACAGCGCGCCCGGUAGUAUAAUCGUAGACGCCACGGUGCCGCUCAUCCAGUCAGACCCGCUGUUUGCUGACACACCGGUGGUCAACGGCUCUGCUCCUCCGCCCGGCAAGUUAGUGUGUUACUGACGGGCGGAGCUGUCUCUGUCUGUCCAGGAAUGAGAAAUGAUGGCCGGCUCUACAGCAGAGGAGAAAACCUUCCGACGGUUCCUGGAGCUCUUUCUUCGGGAGAUGAGAAUGCCUCUGCAGGACAGCGACCCGGUGCCGAUGCGCCCCUUGUCGGACCUGGUGACUGAGGACGAGGUGGAGGGCGAAUGCCUUGACCUGUGUCUCCAACACCUCUACAAAUAUAACUGUCCCUGCUCCCUGGCGGCAGCUCUGGCCAGAGCCACAGCAGACAGCCUCCUGCAGACUGACCUCUCCAUCUACCACCUCAAUAAGACGGUAGAAGAUGGAGCUGACCCAUUACCACAGAUAGAGUCUGUGACGCUAGCCCGGCUGGUGUUUAACAGACUGUUUGAGAUGUGCUGCCUCUGGCUGAAGGAGCUGCCCUUCCACCGCCGUCCACAGCCGUACUACGAGACUUCCAUCCACGCCAUCAAGAACAUGAGGCGCAAGAUGGAGGACAAGCAUGUCAUCAUCCCCGACUUCAACACUCUCUUCAACAUUCAGGAUCAGGAAGAACAGGCUUACUUUGCUGUCUUUGAUGGUCAUGGCGGCGUGGACGCUGCCAUUUAUGCUGCCAACCACCUCCACGUCAACUUAGUUCACCAGGAAUCCUUUGGCCAGGACCCCAUCGAGGCCCUCUGCAGAGCCUUCAAAGUCACUGAUGAACGCUUUGUAAAGAAGGCCUCCCGCGAGCACCUGCGUUGUGGCACAACAGGCGUGGUGACGUUCCUGCGGGGUCGGAUGUUGUAUGUGGCCUGGCUGGGAGACUCCCAGGUCAUCCUGGUCAGGAAAGGACAGGUUGUGGAGCUGAUGAAACCACAUAAACCAGACAGAGAGGAUGAGAAGCAGAGGAUCGAGGCUCUGGGAGGCUGUGUAAUCUGGUUUGGCACAUGGAGGGUUAACGGAAGUCUAUCUGUAUCCAGAGCAAUAGGCGACUCGGAGCACAAGCCCUACAUCUGUGGUGAUGCAGACCAUGGUAUCUUCCCAUUGGAUGGUACAGAAGACUACCUAAUUCUGGCCUGUGAUGGCUUCUGGGACACAGUGAGUCCAGAUGAGGCAGUGCGGGUGGUUAGUGACCACCUCCAGGAGAACACCGGAGACACCACCAUGGUAGCCCACAAGCUGGUGGCCUCAGCACGUGAUGCGGGCUCUAGUGAUAACAUCACGGUCAUAGUGGUCUUCUUGCGGGACCCACGCUCCCCACCAACCACCGGCACAGAGGAUGGUGAGGAAGGUGUGGUGGAGGGAGAGGUGGAGGAGGAGGAAGUAGCGGAGACAGAGGAACAGGAAGAUGAGGAUGAGGCAGUCAGAGUAGAGCGCGAUGGUGGCGAGGGAGGUGGCACUGCGGACAUGGGGGGGAAGGGUCGCGGAGGCUGGCCCCUUCAGCAGUGCUCAGCCCCCGCUGACCUCGGCUAUGAAGACCGAACAGACUCGUUCACGGACAGAACUAGCCUCAGCCUGCUGGGGCCGUCGCUGGAGGGCCGCAUCUCCCUGAACCAGGGCUCACGGCAACACUGCUUCAACUUUAGCCCUGACCUCUUCACAACCUCCCACAUCUACCAAGAAAAACGCCAACUGAGGCGCAGGUCCUGUAUACCUUUUCAGGAGGCCAGCAUCUCUAGCUUCACGGACCCACUGUGGCCCCAGACAGCCAUGAUCUUAGGCCAGGUAGUGAGGCAAAGUCGCAGGCUCGGUUAUGGUAGUCGCCGGUGGGGCCGGAGGUGUCCAGGCACAUCCAAGGAGCUGCUAGGCCUGUUCCCAUCCGGCCACUUGCUGCGCUACAGGCAGCACGACUCCAACUGGAGGCCUGGAGUGGCAGUGCCUCAACUGCCCCACGAUGCCACCAUCUGAAGAGGUGACCUCAAACCAAACCAUCUCCUUCAUUUCAGUCCUGCUCCAAUGCCCUCUACCCACCAAUCCACCCACCUCUGCCUUCAACAGCACGUCUUUCUUUGAUAGUAGGUAGUUGUGGCUCCUGCAGUCGUUACGUGAUUAUCGAAUAUCUGUUGGAGGAGUGACGCUCUCUGUCCUAAGCCGAAAUGUUUCCAUAUGUAAGGUGGCCCACUAAACACAAGUCCUGCUCCUUAAUGCUGCAGGUAAAGAGCAAAACAGCAUCCUCUCCAUUGACAAUAGAUCAGUCAACAAGAAGUCAGACCUGGAAAUGCAGGUUAAAAAGAUGUGUUCAGACCGAAAGUGAAAGUAAUCUGAAGCUGUACCGUUGUGUACAAAGUCUGUGAAAAGACAGUAAAGGACAAGAACAGACACAGUUAACUAUCCUGAGCUGUGUGACUCUACUUCAGGAACAGGGAUAAGAGAACAAAAACAGGAACAACUGGAGUUCAAGUUAAUAUCAAUUGGCUGAACUCUGGGCAGUCAUACUUUCAGUGCGUGUUGUUAGCUAGCUGGAGCCUAAGUGUUUAUUGGACUUGCCUUCAGUCUGAACACAUGGUUAAGUUUAACUUAUGCUUGGUCGCUUCACACUUUCGGCAGCGUCUUUAGACAGAAUUUAUGUAUUUUGGACAGGAAGAAAAUAUCCUCAGAUUUUGUUUUUUAAAACCGUAAACAUUUUUUAGAAGGAUCCCUUAAAUUAGAUAUUAAAUAAACAAACACUAUCCACUACAGUUUGUUAUUCUUAUAUUAGCCAAAAAUAUUGGCCAUGCUGAUGAAUCUAUCAUGCUCUAGGACACUCUUGUCUAAAAUAUCAUUGUAAAUGUACCACAGCAUUAAGAUCUCCCUUCAUUGGAGCUUGUAAAACUUGUAUGUAUCAUAACUUAAUGACUCAUCCAAGAGAAAGGACAGCCUUCUAAGCCAUACCAGCAAAGUGAGAGGUUGACUGCAUAAUCACUCAGCUUCAUCGUUUCUCUUCCUUUCUGUUUAAUGUUGCCCAGGUAUAAACGCAGGUUAAGGUGACACACAUCAUCUUUUGUCUUGCUGUUGAAAAUGUUGAGCGACCAAGCAUUAAAUUAAGCUGUAACGGCCCUAGCUCGCCUCUCUGUCCCCCUCAGCAAUACUUUGGUGGCAGGUGAAUAUAGUUCAUUGAGGAGGCCAGAACAAUUGCCGCUUCUGGGUUCUGGGACUAAAGGCACAUGCUGUUCUUUCCCCUCCCAUACAGUCAAUGACCCAGCCAUUAUCCAGCUACAAUUUGUCUACAGAUAAAAGCACUUAACACUGGAUUAAAAAAAGAUUAGCAGUCACUUACCUGAAUAAAUGCUUCAUGUAGUCCAGUAUUCCAGAUUAGGAUAUACUCCUGGGAUUUUUGGAGGGGGAGGGGUAUUUAAAAAUAUAUAUUUUUGUUAAAGUUGUUGAUGGGCCACAUAGCUAUUGCAAGUAUUCCAAGUGUAUUUACUUUUACACAAAACCCAUUGAACAGAAGUAUUUUCCAGCAGGCUUGAUAAGUGCAAACCAUUUAAUGUUGCUGCAGAACACGUGCCUUCCAUAUGUGUUACUAAAGCCAACUUCCUUUAUACACAUAUUCACGAUUCACUAAAUUUAUGGACAAGUCUGGGUUGCGCUUUUAGUCGGGUCAUAUUAAGACUUUUAAAAGCCACUUUAAAAUAAAUUGUUUUGACAUUUUGGAAAAUACGUAUAUUCACUUUCUUACCAAGAGAUACAUUGAGUCCACUCAUGUCUCUAAGCUGAAUAUGAAGUUACAGCUAGCAGCUGAUUAGCUUAUCUUAGCAUAUACAGCAGAAGCAGGGGUGACAGCUAUCUUGGCUCUUUCUAAAGGUAAAAAGAUUAGCUGUUUUUAGCAGAAUGUAUGUAGCAAUCAAAUGCAUAAUUAGGAACCUUUUACAGGGAUCUUGUUGUUAGCCAACAAUUUGUGAAUAUUACAUUUCUUUUUGUGUAUAGAUUAAACAAACAACAUACUGUUUUAAUUUGUGGGCUUCAGAGGGGCUUAUAGGUGGAUUUUGUUACCUUUGGACCGAGCUCUUUCCAGACUUUAUGCUAAGCUAAGCUAAGCAGCUGCUGGCUGUACAUUAGCUUCAAAUUCUUGUACAGACUCAAGAGUGGUAACAAAAAUUUCUUUAAGAAUCAAGAAAGUGAAUAAGCAUGUUUCCCAAAAGGUCCUUUUAGAUUCAUAGUCCUUCAAAUAACAUGAAGAGACAUUUGCACAUUUGUGUGCCUCAGUAGCCUAAGGGGACGAGCGUUUUCUAUCUGUAAAUAAAGUCGUGGUGGUACCAGCCCCUGUGCAACAACACCAUACAGCAAACUUGCCAGUCAUCACCAAAUGCAAGAUAGCUCCCAUUGUCAGAGUAAUCCCUGAGGCUGGCUCCAAUGGCCACACACCACCUUUAUAAUUGGAUCUUUCUCUGAUCUGAUUUAGAUUAAACAAUGAGAGAGGGAGUGCCCCCUCUCUGCUGUCUAACACCGCUGACAGUGCUGCACCUUCAUUUACAUUAGUAAGCCACAGGAAUGUUCAAACUCAAGUCUUUAUGCCUCCUUUCAUGAGACUGCACUCGUCUGUAACACCUGGCAUAAAAGCCAGUUUGCUAUCAAUAUUCAUUGGUUUCAUAUCUCUUAAAACCAAAUAUGUUAGGUAAUCAAUUCUAUAAAUUUUAAUGCUAAUUCAUAACCAUACUUCUAUGUAAUCAUCAAAUAAUAAUCCUCCUACUGAUUUAUAUGAUAAAAUAUAAUAGCACCCAUACCAAAUAAACUUGGUGAGAAUGAUAUGUGGAAAAUACUUUGCUUUAACUUGUGUAACUUUCUUUUGAAUACACAUAAUAGCAUUAACUUACUGUAUCUAACCAUACUUGAUGACCAUAUACUACCGUAUACAACACAAUUGCUAGGAAAUCAUUGGUAAACCCUGACCCACAUUCCCCCAAAAUCCCUUACCCUGAUUGUCAGUCACUUCAACUUUCAAAGUACUAAAAAUGCCCCAGUUACCAUCAACUUUGGUGCCUAUUUAAUUUGCUGUCGGAGCAAUUGACUGUUCUCUAAGCUCCCCCCCCCCAACAGUGGUAAAUUUACCCCUAAAAAUUCUUACACAUUUUUGAAACAAUGAGUCCUUGAUUUCACACAGACGUUAAACAAAAGCAGCAUCUCAUUUCUGGCCGGCAACCAGUCUGAAAUAACAACUAACGCUACCAUAUUUUAUGCUAGCUAGCAAGCCUUUUAGCAUUAGCACCAUGAGGUGGUUAAAAUAUCUGUGUCCUGGUUGAUUUUGAAACAAACACCCGGUAAAAGAGUCUUAACAAUGCAGUUGAUUGCUACAAACGGUAAAAGACCGAGGCUAUUAGAAGUCCCAGGCUAGCAUCCUCAGCAAUUGAUGUUCCAUGCAAGACACGUGAAAGUUAAGGAGCAGCAUCAUGUACUCAGGGUAGUGCUAGUUAUCCCCAGUAUUAUGUACAGUACAGUAUGAUAAGGUAAAACUAUGUAAGAUCAGAAAAGUUGAAAUAACCCUGUUGGGAGGCUUAGCUUUGGGAAAACAAAUCUGGACAAACAACAUAGAGGUUAUGAUGGUUAAGAGAUUUAUGUUUAUUUUUUAAAACAGUAUGUUGUCGUCAUUUUUAACGUUAGAAGAUAAAAGGUUUUUAGGAUGACAUCCAAGGUGUUUGGCAAAUGUAAUGCUGUCUCAAGUAAAAUUGGGCUGGCGAAAAUAAUGUAGUUAGCUAACGAUGUUCUGCUUGGCUUUAGAAGUAGCGCUUACGUUAUUGUUACAAACUUAACUUACUGUUAAGUACUGUAGGUAGUUAUUAAGAUAUUUGGCCUGACAUGCUAAUGUCUGCCACUUGCGUUAGCGCAGACAAACGCACUGCUUAAUAUUUCCGUAGACUUGUCUCUUGUGUUUUUGUGUUUGGUAAGGCAAAUAAAUAUAUAUCAAGUAUCGCUCUUACUACAGCCCCAUGCACACCGUUUUGAUAGUUUGACCUGUCGUGGCAAGUUACGGUUCCUUAGACUAUGAUUGAAUAAUCACUGUUUGGGGGUGGGGCUUACUGAACAGUCAUUUAGACGCAUUAACAUUCCCUAGCAUUGUAACAUCGUCAUUCACCAAUCUGUUUGAUGCCGUGAAUUUCCAAGUGUCAGGAUAUUAUAGUAAUGACCAGGUUCUGUAAAUCGUGCCUCCAUUUUCUUGACCCAGUCACUGGCUCAUGAUGAUUUCAAAACAGGUGAUUCAUCAGACAGCAUCCCAUCACCUCCCCCCUUUCAGUCUUGCUGGUAUAGACAGGAGACUCACCUUGGAGUGAGAGCUCCAUUGUUUCAUUUCACUCACCUGUAACCAUCCUGUGGACUGUCUUGUGAUGAGCAUCAGACUGCCAGUGAAGCAGAAUGUACCUCAUGUCCCAAAGCGUCCCCAGAGACUCUAUGAAGUGGGUCGACAUGAGGUGGUGUUUCUUUGGGAGAUUCUUCUUGCCGGGGGGCAUCUAUCUAUGAGGAAUGUACUGUGGAGACUCUCAACAAACUAAAGCCACUGGAUCUCUUUGUGGAAGUAUCACUGCAGUCACUGUCUCCAGAAGCGUUACUUGAUACCCGAAGACGAUGAGUGAAGUAUCAGAAAACAAGUGGAAAUCAAAGUCAUUUAAAAUAUUCACAGAUGCGUAUAUAUAUUAUGAAUACUAAUUGUGAGUUGAGUGAGUGCUGGAGGAGUGUACAUAUAUGGAAUCUGUCUUGUAAAUCAGUGGUUUAAAUCUAUGCUCCACGAGGCCCAACUGUCAGGUUAGAUAUUGACUUAAUAUUGACAAAAAUCUUCCGCCACCAAACUGACAUGGAAGGGAGGAUGUGAUGUUAUUGAACCUCUUGAGAGGCGUCCAUCUAUAAGCGCUGCCUCUGCCUUCAAGAGGUGCUAAAGUAUAUAAAAGACGUUGAACCAAUGGUGAGUUGUAGUGUCCCGUGGUGGCCUAGCAGCUGUCUCACCCUGCUUUUGUACCCUGACAUGAAUAAAAAUCCUGGGAAAAUAUACAUAAAGAUGUUAAUUAUCAACUUAGAAUACUGUAUCUCCAAUCUGCAGCUUCAAUUUAAAAUGUUCUAUCAGCACCAGCCUUAAAAAAAACAUCUUGCCAAUCAAAUAUCAGUAGUUUGUAGGUUUUCAUUCCAGCUCUGCAGGUGUUAGUGGGUGAUUAGAGAGACGAGGAACACGAGUGAACUGAGCUGCUGUGGUGUUUGGCUAAAACGGAGUCUGGGCUUCACUUUGAGGCGCUGUGUUGCCGUUGCCCGUCUUAUAGAUAACCGAUUAGAUAUUUUACAUGGAUCACACAGGGUGGGAAACUCUAGAGAAGAAAGAAUUUCCUCAGGAUCUUGUUAUAAUGACAAGUUUAAGUUUUCUCUUUCAAAUGAGACGCUUGUAUUAGGAGUCUUUGCCCAUAUUUAUAAACAAGGAGAAUGGUUAUUUUGAGAUGCUUUGUCAUUAUAACAAUGUCUUUUAUUGUUGUGUUUUUUCUAAAUGCUGGCAGUUCUGUGCUGCCAUAGGAAAAGCAUGUUGUACUUGUGUGCAGUGAAGCGGUAGACACCCCCCCCAAAAAAAUCACUGGUGUAGUUUCACAGCAGGUCCGAGGCGUUGAUGUGAAGCUCAGCUGCGAAGCUGCAUUGGAGGGAGCGCUGUACCAACCAAGAACAGUGCUCAGUGACAAGGAUCCACGGGUUGCUCUCACCAAAACCCUGUGAAAUAGUUAUACAGUGUUACUCAUCAUAUUGCAAAUUGCCAGAAGUUGUCACUGUAUGAGCAAUAAAAAUGUUUACCAUCAUUUCUUUUGGUAAAUCCUCUACCUAAGCUCGAGAAACUCGCACCCCCCACACACACACACACACACACACACACACACACACACACACACACACACACACACACACACACACACACACACACACGCACGCUGUGCUUGCACUAAAGCUUCCUCUGAGUCGGAUUUUUCGCUCCCCUGAUGAUGAAACCAAGCAGAAAUUCAGCUCUGCUCUCCCAUAACCACUGUCUAACUAUAGGGCCCUCCAUGGUUCUGCACUGUGUGUCUAUGUACACACAAAAAAAAGCUUUUUCUUUUUCUCUGUAAGCAAUAAUGAUGUUGCAUUAAAAGGCUCUCUGAGGGUUUGUCUUCUGCUGAAGGAUGCAACAAAACAGUUCUGUCAGCCAUACUUGAAAGGUCACAGAGCAUGAAUGCUAAGGUUCUGUAGUCAAUUUCCUAUUUAUUUUUCCUAUAGAGAAUAGAAGUCAUAAUCUGCUGCCUGUGGUAAAGUUCACUUCACACACUCCUUCACCUCCUGUAAGACGUCUGUGGUCAACUAGUUAAAUGAUAUGGAAAAAUUAAUGUGAAGUAUGUGAUGAAGAGAGGCAGAGCUUUUCAGUUGUAUCGGCGUCCCUCAGCUGUUUGUGUAAAUUUGAAAAGUUUGCCUGGAGUUUGGACUCUUGGACCUGUGCGCUCUGUUCAAAUGUAAUGUGAAUGGGGUUGGGGGUAUAAGAUCACUGAGGGCUGUGAUUGGUCAAGGACAGCAGCCCUCUCCUUCUUGUCCUGAAGGCAUGAAGACAAACCCCAUGAUUGGCUCUUCUUCAACACGCAGGUUAGGUUUAAAAAAAAAAGAAGAAAAAAAACAGUGAAACACAUGUUGAGUACCUGUAUUAUCUGUGUUAGUAGUAUAUAAAUAUACGUAUUGUAACUGGUGACUAUCAUGUAUAUAAAGAUUAGACCAAG